AUGGCCUACUGGGAACAAGCACUCACAAUCUUCUUCCUCGCUUUACACCUCAUCUGGUGGCCCAUUAGCAGACUCUUCGCCUCCCUCGCCUUCCUCCUAGCCCCUUUCUAUCGUGUCGCCUUCUUUCUUCUACUACCCUUGAUCCACGCUGCGCAUGUCCUCGUCAACAUCUUGUCAAUUCCAUUCAGUCUCGCAUGGCUCCAACGCAUCGAGACACUAUACAUCUAUCUUGGCACAGCGGCCCUCAUCGGUUGCAUCACAGGCGUCCUCCUUUACAUCAUCGUUCAAUUGCUGUCAUCUGCUCUCAACCUCCAUCCAUCAGUCGUACCCAAGCCUCGCCAAAGGACCCGUACCGUGGCAGAGUAUCGGGCGGCCAAGGCUACCAAAAAGGAAGAAAGUUUUCAUCGUGCACCUACCAUCCCCCCUGGCAUCAUGAAGAAGGUGCCCGAGUUCCGCAGGCGCAAGGGCCUCCUUUCUUCCGCCAUCAUCGAGGAGGAGGACUCGGACUUUUGA